ACCCAAUAUACUAUUGUGUAUACGACUAUAGUUGUCAAGCGGUUUAAUUUUUGUUUGAAUUUUGAGUUAUUAAGGUUUUUAAUCUUAAGAGAUGAGCGCCGAAAUAAAUAUGCAUUUUAAAAAGGGUUCUAUUCGUAAAGUAAUUGUUCGUAAUUUUGUAACGUAUGCGUAUGCUGAAAUGCUUCCUGGUCCGAAUUUAAACAUGUUAAUAGGUCCUAAUGGUACAGGAAAAUCCACAAUUGUUGCUGCUAUUAUUUUGGGGUUAGGGGGAAAUCCAAAAACAAUAGGAAGAGGGCAUAAAGUUUCAGAAUAUGUAAAAUAUAAUUGUGAAAAUGCUACUGUAACUAUCUAUUUGGAAGCUGAUGACAGUGAACAGAUAUCAAUCACACGUCAGUUUGAUUUAAGAGAAAAGUCAUUGUGGAAGUUGAAUGAUAAAGAAAUCACAUUUAAAGAGAUUGAUAAAAUUAUAAAGAAGUUUAAUAUCCAGGUGGAUAAUUUGUGCCAAUUUUUGCCACAGGAUAAAGUUGCAGAUUUUGCUAAAAUGAAUAAACAGCAACUGUUACAGCAAAUGCAGGUUGCAGUUUGUAGGAAUGAUCUUAUUGAAAAGCAGCAAAAUUUAAUAAAGAAACGAGAAAGGCAUAAACAGUUAAAUAUAUCUUUGGAGAAGCAUAAGCAGAAAUUGCAAGAAUUACAUGAUGCUAAUGUGAGAUUAGAAGGAAAAAUUCAGAGUCUUAAUAAGAGGAAGAAGUAUUUACAGCAAAUAGAACAUCUGGAUAGAAAAAUUGCUUGGCUGCAGUAUGAACUGCUUACACAAAAAAUGGAUGAGGUGGAAGCUGAUAAAAAUAAAACUGCUGAAAUAUUACAGCAACACCGUACCAAAAGUAAGCCUAUUGAAAAUGCUUUAAGAAAAGCAAAAUCUGUUAUAAAUAAUCUUCAGGAAAAAGUUAUGACUUCUUUCAGUCAAGUGAAUGAAGCUGAAAAAAUUACUAGUAAUAAAAUAGAGCAGUUUGAUGUUUUAAGAGCAAACAUAAACAGAGCCAUUGAAGAAAAAAACAACAGUUUACAACAAGUGAGGCAACAAGAAGAUGAAAUAAAGACAACAUCUGAACAAAUUGCACAUUGGAAUAGAACGAGAGAAGAACUUCAUAAUGAAAUUAAUAGUGAGGAAGGCAUUUUUGCAAAAAUUCACUCUUUAAAUCAAAAUAUAAGAAAAAUCAGUACACAAAUGAGUAGUUUGGUUGACAAAAAGAACCAAAUAGAAGAUUUAAAAACGCAGGCUUUACAUGAAAAGCGUCUUCAUGAGAAUGAUUUAGAAAGAUUGGAAAAUGUUAAGGAGCAACGUAUGCGAUGGUUAUGCAGGAUUGACAAGGAUGCUUACAAAACCGUGAAUUGGUUGCGAUCUAACAAACACUUAUUUAAUGGGGAAGUGUUUGAACCUAUGAUGCUUGAACUAAACGUAAAAAAUCAAAGCCAUGCAAUUUUUGUUGAAAAUAGUAUUCCAAUGCGAGAUAAACUAGCAUUUACCUGUACCGUUAAGGAGGAUAUGAAUGUCCUUAUUCGUACAAUUAGGGACCAAAAGAACUGGAAUAUAAACGUUGUUCAUUCCGGAAAUGAAGGUGCAAGUUUGGAUUCAUAUAAACCGAGAAUACCUUUGGACCAUUUGGAAGGAUUGGGAUUUUUCGCUUAUGUCAAAGAUCUGAUAACGGGACCUGAGCCAAUACUGAAAUAUUUGUGCAAGAACUAUCAGAUUCAUAAUAUACCAGUUGGAAAUCAUCACACGAAUUCUAUAUUUGAGCAUGUUCCCAAACAAAUUACAAAUUUCUUCAGUGAUACUUACCAUUUUUCUACCACAUUUUCAAAGUACACGGGAGCCAAAAGUGUUCGACAAACUCAGAUAAGGUCAGAUGGUAGUUUGUCUAAUUCUGUUGAUACUGAACGUAUUGAAGCAAUCCGUCAACACUACAAUAGGUGCAAAACUGUUUGUGAAAAGCAUAAUAAUGAACAACAGGGUAUUGAAAAACAGAUAUCGAUUUUAAAUGAAGAGAAGUCAUCUACACAAGAAGAAAUUAAAUCUUUGCAAGAUUCUAUAAAAAAGAUAAAAAACAUAGAAAGUAGACUUAGAAUUCUUAAUAAUAAAUUAAAUCAACUUCAUGCUACACCAGUCAAUGUGGAGGAAAUAGAGAAAAGGGCCCAAAUGAAAAUCAAAGAAAUUAUAAGUAAAAUGCUAGCACAUCAGCAAGAAAUUGUAAAAUAUUUCAAAAAAUACAGUAGUUUGUCAGUCACCGCUGAGUUAAUGCGACUGAAUUUAGACUCAUCUCGAAAACAGGUCGCAAUUUUAGAUAAUAAAUUAAGAGAUAUACGAAAAUUGAUUGAAGACGCAGAAGAAAAAUUAAGAUUGAUUAAAGAAACCCAUUCUAGAAUAGUAUCUUCUGUCAAAGUUGCACUACGUAAAGCCAAAGAUUUGUCAAACGGUUGUACACCAAUUGAUGCUGGAUUCGAUGAGUUCAGAGAAAUGUACGAGAAACUUAGUGAAGACAUCGAAGAGCUUGAGGCUAGUAAAGAAACGAUCUUGUCAAAAAUGGAUUAUCUAAACACUGCAACUGACGGUGAAUUAGAGGAAUAUGAGGAGCGCCAAAGAAAUAUUCGUACCACAGAAGAAACUUUAAAGUCAGAGAAAGCAGAGUACGAUGAGUUGACUGUGGAAAUGAACUCAUUACAAGAAAAAUGGUUGUCGCCUCUGCGAAGUUUGGUAGAACAAAUUAACGAGAAGUUUAGCACAGCUUUUAGACGAAUGGGAUGUGAAGGAGAAGUCGACAUGCACAUAGGUAACAAUGAAAAUGAUUACGAGGAGUAUGGAUUGAGUAUCAAGGUGAAAUUUAGACAUUCGGAGCUUCUUCAAGAGCUUAAUAACGUGGUCCAAAGCGGUGGCGAAAGGGCCGUAGCCACGGCAAUUUUUAUGUUAUCUUUACAGGAAAUUACUCCAGUUCCUUUCAGGUGUGUCGACGAAAUAAAUCAGGGUAUGGACGCGAAUAAUGAAAGGAGAAUAUUUGAACUUUUGGUAGAGACUACCAGUAAAGAAGACACCUCUCAGUACUUUUUGAUAACGCCAAAGUUAGUGCCGGGUUUAAAAUUUGUCCCUACAAUGAAAAUCCAUAUAGUUCAUAACGGUUGUUUUGUUUUAUCGCAGAAGAAAUGGAACAGUUGUAGAAAAAUAUGAUGUUUAAUAUCUAAUUGUUAUUCCAUUUUUUAUAUAAUUAUAAGUAUACUUUUAAUGUGUAUAUGAAUAAUACGCUUAAAUUAUAAAUAAAAACCUAUUUUUAUUACCACAACAU